AUGAGCUUGGCGACGAAGCAUCCUUUUUUGCUCUUGUUUCCUGUCGUCCCCUUUGUCGGGGGGUGGGUGCACACCAAGCCCAUACCGACACCGUUUCUCCUCUUGACGACGCUGAGGAAUCCUACGGUAAGGUGCCCGUCUCCCCGUCUCUUCAGUUUCGUUUUGCCCGUUUGGGGCUCGGCUUGUGCUGUGCACGCCCAGACGGCUGGCAUACUGUACGUCUGUGUGUCUCUCUCUUGCAAUCCCUCACCUCUCCCUUGGUUCCCAGCCGAGACCACCGUAGCGGGCGUACACAUUUCACAUACAUGCUGUUCUCCAAACUGUGAGUACUUGUCUUCAAACCGUUUCUUCUUCGGGCUUCAUGAACCUUUUUUUUUUCUUUUUUUCUUUCUUCUUUUUUGA